AUGACAGCUAACUCUGAUGGACGCGGCGCUCUCGGUGGGCCCCCUGAAGACUCAUGCAAAGGGCGCUGCAGCGCUGCUGCUGUCUUAGCAGCAGCAGCAGCAGUUGAUGCUGCUGUGUUGCCUGUGGCAAAAUCGGAAGCAGAAAAGGCGAUAGCAGCAGAAGAGGCAGCAGCAUGCGUUGGCGGCUUACCUGGCGGGGCCCCACACCAUGAUGCCAAGCGUUGGCAUGCAGCAGCAGCUGCUGCUGCUGCUGCUGCGACGGCACCAGAAACUGCUGGAGGGAUACUUGGGAUGCCCUUAGCUGACGGUGAAACUGCUGCGUGUGCCGCUGGUGCAGCAGCACAAGCAGCAGCAGCGCUUGCCGCAGCGGAGAGGACUCAGAGGGCCUCGCCGCUGAUGACCAGCAAAGAUGCAGCAGCAGCAAUUGCUGCUGCUGCAGCAGCAGCAGAACAGCCAAGCGGUUCUCUGGACCCCGGUGAGCUCUGCGGCGUGUUCUUCAACGCUGUGCAGCAGCUGUCGCGCGAGGAUGGAAGCAGCAGCAGCAGCAAGAGAUGCAGCGAGGGCUGCAGCUCCACUGAGCCGCAGGACAUGGGAGCAGCAGCAGCAGCAGCAGCACACGCUGAGCAGGGCACCGCGUCAGCAGCAACAGCAGACCCUGCAGCAGCAGACCCCAAGGGGCCCCGAGCGAAGAUCUGCGACUUUGAAGCUGAUGCGGACGACUCCUCCCUCAACAAAAUAUCUUUGGAGUACUCGUACGAGGAGAUAUACGCGGCCACCGACGGCUUCCGCCACGUCCUGGGGCUGGGCGCCUACGGAACAGUCUACAGGGGUUUCAUGCGUGAUGGUUUGGAGGUGGCUGUCAAGAGGCUCAACGACCCUUCGGAGGCUGGCUUCGAACGCGAGGUCGUCGUCCUCUCCAAGUUCAGGUCUGCUGCUGCUGCUGCUGCUGCUGCUGAGGGGGUGCUGCGGGUGUGGAGGGAUGCUAAGGAGGGUGCUGCGGAUGCUGGUGCUGCUGAGGCGGGUAUUGCUGCUGCGGAUGCUGCUGCUGCGGGGGGGGGGGGUGCUGCUGCUGGGGUGGGGGGGGCUGCUGCUGGUAUUGAGGAGGGUGCUGUUGCUAUGGAUGAUGCUGCUGCUGAGGCGGAUUUUGCUGUUGCGGAUUAUGCUGCUGCUGAGGCGGGUUCUGCUGCUGCGAAGGCGCUGCCAGUGAACCUGCACCCAAACUUGGUGAUCUUGUUGGGAUUCGCUCGUCAUGGAAAGGACCGUUUCCUCAUUUACGAAAUGAUGGCUGGUGGUGACGUCUCAGGGCACUUGCAGAGAGGAACGCUGACUUGGCUGGACCGCCUCUGCAUUGCCCUGGACACGGCGGUGGCUUUGUCGCAUCUCCACCGCCACUGCCCCACAGUUUAUCACCGCGACAUAAAAACAGCAAACAUCUUGUUAGACAAGCACAAACACGCAAAGGUUUCGGACUUUGGUUUGGCUUGCCUCGCUAAAAAGGGAACAGGGCGUUUUCCUGUGCGUCAGACAGCGGGAACCGUUGGUUAUGCAGAUCCCAAGUACAUUGCCAGCUCGUUGGUCUCUGAGAUGGCGGAGGUCUAUUCCCUCGGGAUGGUCAUGUUGGAACUCCUCACGGCGAAGCCUCCAGUCAUUAUUAACUCCGACGGCUCCCUCACCUUUGUCCUGGCUCUCCUCGCCCGAGACCCUCCCCGCCUCAUUAAGGCCGCCGAUACCCGCGCGGGUUUCCCCGCCUCAGUGCUUCAUGCCUUCGCAGAAGUGGCGGUUAGGUACGUGGCAGCAGCAGCAGCAGGGGCAUCAGCAGCAGACGGGGAGGGUUUUUGA